CAUUGACCAGACGUGAUCAGUUUGCAGCCUCACCACAGUGAUCAAUAUUCCAACUUCCAUCUUAGCGAUCAGCCUGCGAGCACCAUUGCCACCAGACUCAGAUUCCAAUCUCAUUCCCGAGUAAGGUACUUGUACCAACUACACCAUGGCCUCUCAACAACACAACCCCCCCACAACCACGCCCUCACAAACCCAAACCCAAACAAUAAUCACCGCCUCCCUCAACCCCGUCAAAAUCUCCGCCGCCCAACAAGGCUUCACCCGCAUGUUCCCCAACAGCAACACCGUUCACACCUCCCGAGGCGUCUCCGUCCCAUCAGGUGUGCCCGACCAGCCCAUCUCAGACGCAACCACGUUACUUGGCGCGCAGAACCGGGCGGCCAACGCGCGGGCGCUGGAACCGGACGCGGACUACUGGGUCGGCAUCGAGGGCGGGAUAGACGAGGACGAGACGGGCUUGCUGCGCAAUUUCGCCUGGGUGGUGGUUAUCGCUAAGGAUGGGAGGAUUGGUAAGGCCAGGACGGCGACGUAUUAUCUGCCGAAGGAGACGGCCGAGUUGGUGAGGGGGGGCAUGGAGUUGGGCAAGGCGGAUGAGGUUGUUUUUGGGGGGAGGAAUUCCAAGCAGAAGAAUGGGAGUGUGGGGUUGUUGACGGGGGAUGUGAUUGAUCGGAGGGGGUAUUAUGUUGAGGCGGUGGUGUUGGCGUUGAUUCCGUUCAAAAAUCCGGGGUUGACAUUCUAG